GACACACCCACUCUCCCUUUUUCUCUCUCUCCUUUUUUUUUUUUUUCCUCUUUGGAGCCAUCGAAUCAAUAUAAAAAAAACGAAGAAGGUGCAAUCUCAACCGUCCAUCUCCCAUCCAACGGUCCUCACUAGUCGGCGAUUGGUUUCACCCAAAACUCCCCCUCUGUGGUUUUUAUCAUAAACCCUAGCCGAUACCAGUCCCCAAAACGCACUCUCCCGCCUCUCUCUCUCUCUCUCUCUCAAACGCAAAUCCCAAAACUCGAUCGAUCUUCUCUCUCUCGUUCUCUUUCAGAUCUCAGUUGUGUGGAUUUGUUUCCUCUGUAAAUUAGUAUCUGUAUGUACUUGUGUACUUCUUCCUCAUAAUCUCUCUCUUGAUUUUCUUUCUCAAACACCCAGAGCUUUCUUUUUUUCUUUUUGGUUGUGAAAAUCUUAUCGGUUUCUUCUUUUUCUUUUCUUUUUCUUUUUUCCGAUUUUUUGUGUAAUUAUUUUUAAUCUUUUUUAUUUUAUUUUUCUCUGUAUAAGAAAAUAAAAUCUGUAUUUUCAUCGUUAUUAAUGAGCCAAACUCGUUACCAGUCCCGAGUCGAACCCCGAGUCGAAGCGAGUCCAUAGAGUUCCGACUUCUCCCAGCCCUGAAAAUGGCGCCGGACCAUGAGAGCUCCGUUGCUGCCGCUUUCUUCGGUUGAGAGUUCCAAGCACCCCGAGUUUGCGACUGAGUCGACUCGGAGAUCGACUCGGCGACUCACUGAGUCAAGGAGGAGCAGCAGGAGGAGGUCCGGAGUGGUGUUGCUUCGGAAUCUGAGCACGGAAAUGCCAUCGGUGGAGAUGAGACGGACGACCAGGGUUUUCGGGAUGGGGAUGGUGAAGGGUGGGGUCGAUGGGGCUCGCGUCCUGCGUUCCGGGCGCCGCCUCUGGCCCGAAUCCUCUGAGUCCAAGCUCGAGAGGGCCCGCAAUGGCGACGAGGACUGGCUCAAACUCAUGAAAAGCCAUGCCGGAGACUCUGUUGUUGGAUUAAAUCACAAGAAAUGGGCUGGGGCCAACCAAGUCGGUAGUCCAAGACGAAACACCCCUGUUUUGAAGACCUCAGUGGUCAAGAAGCCUCAAAGCAAUGAGCUUUUGGCUGACGGGCUCAAAGAGCAUAAGAGGUAUGGGAUUGUGUAUACCCGAAAGAGGAAGCGUGCCAGUGCAAGUUUUUCAGGGAAUGUAGAGAAGGAAAGUGGAUCUGAUGAUAGAAUGUAUGGGCGGAGGUUUGCUCGGAGGCAGAGGAUGAAGAAGAGUAAGGAGUUGGAUUCCCAUCUGGGUUUUGUGUGCCCAGAAGUGCUUCGCUUUUCGGUGGAGUCUUCAUGGGCUCAGGGUUACUGGGCUGGUCGGUUUUUGUAUUCUGUUUUGGUGUACAUGACGAGGGCCAGUCUUGGGUUGACUGAAUUUUCUGACUUUCUUGCUUUAGAGCCGAUUGGCAGCAUUUUUGCCUCCUAUGGCAUUGAGUUCUCGCUGGAUCGUUCUUGUACUAGGAGGUCUGGGGUUUGCAAACUUUUUGGGGCCGAGCAGUUUAUCCCAUUGUUUUCUGUGGACUUUUCUGCAGUUCCUGGAUGUUUUAUGUUCAUGCAUACCAGCAUGCAUCUUAGAUUCCGUUGUCAUCUAGCUGUAAAUAAUCUGAUUGAUGGGCGUGAAAAUGGCGAAUUUAUUGAUCAGGGAGAUGAUGAUGAUGAUUGUGAUGGUGAAAAAGUUGAUUGGAUUGAGAACAGGCAUGCGUUGCAUUCGAGUGUAAGAGUUCCCAAAUUAGCUUGUAGAAGCACCCAGUAUAGGAAUGGUUUAUCCUCGCGAGGUAUUCAGAAGCGGCGGAGUUCAUUGAGGAGAAGACGGUCUAGAAAUCCUUCACUGGUUUCCCUACGCAAACCCAAUGGAGCCCUAGUUUCUGAGUUAAUCAGUAUUAGGAAGAAUGGCCUCCCUUUUUCUUCUGUAGAAUCUAAGCAUAUGCUUAGGAAGUCAGUUUCAUUUUCUCCUGCAGGAAACUUGAAAGCAGAGAGUUUGACCAUGGAG